AUGGCUGCUCGGUUGAUGGGACCACAACCCGAUGAGAGCAGAUACUCCAGUGCAGGCGGCCACAAUGCAUUCACACGUCGCGAUAGUAUUUCAGCGCUGGCGACCAGUGAACAUGGACCAAACGAUCUCGCGAGCAGCAAGAACGACUCCUCCCUCGCGCCAACCAGCCCACCAGCAACUGUAUCCCUUCGAGAAAUCCUCCUCAACGGUCAAUCAUCAUACUGGAACGACUUCGAUCGAGAUUUCGACUGGAACCUCUUUCCUUCGCCAUCGAUAGCCUCCAGCCAUACAUUCCGCGAGUCCAGCAAUGAAGCCCAUCCGCCAGCGUCACUUCAAGGACAACAAGCGAUGGAAAGUACUCAAACAGCGGCAUUGCCCGCCCAGGGCUUCGGACCCUCCCCACUACCUCACAACCUCGACAGCUACGGGCUGACUGCCAUGGAAGAGUACGAUAUACGACAACGCAUGAAUUUGUACAGCCUGCAGGCACCAGGUGAAGUGCCUCCACUCGAGACUUUAGUGCCUGGCUUGUCGAUGCCGCCCAACGAUGCUCCUGCAUUCGUCUCCGCUGGCGAACGCGAGUAUGAACGAGUACUGCAAGCAGGUGCUGCUGAGGCGCGCAACGCCUUCGACGAGGACGAUGAGCUGGCCGAAGCCUCGGGAGAUGACGAGAACGUACCUCAGGCAUCACCUGCAAGCACUCGGCGAAGAGAAGGUGCCGAGCAUCUUGCGGGUAUGAUGCGCGACUACAUUAUCCAAGGCUUGCAAGGUCCGGCACCAGGCACCGAGCCUGAGGCAGACGACUUACCAGAUAACGUUUCAGACGAUGACCAAGCCGAGGGCGGUGCUGCUCUCGAGGAUCGACCUUGGACUUUCGCGGACGGUGAACAGGAUGAUAUAGAAGCUAUGGGAAAGCUGCAGUUUCCUGACGGUGAGUACUAUAUCAACACCCCUCGCAUCAGGAUUGGACGGAGCCACGAUGCGUUCAAAGAGUACUGCCGGCGUAAGAGGAGAGUCGAGAAUCUUGAGGCGCGGGCUGCGACUGCAAUGGAACAAUAUAAGCAGGAGCCUAGUCAGCCGUCUCACAGCGGCGAUGCGGAUGGUCAACAGGAGCCUUCUUCGAAUUCUGCUCAGUCUCUGGAAGGUCGCCCAGCCAGAGCGCUGCCUAGUAAUUACAGCGAACACGGUGGCAUUGUUGCUUACCCUGAGGAGCCCGUAGAGCCUGCCCGCGCUGCACGAUCUGAGAGGCGUAAGCGGCAUAGACUGUUGCGAGAACAGUCGGAGUCUAGCAAUUCCAUCGUGCCUGCCAACCUUGACGCUUCCAUCUCAGGUGAUCUGCAUCGAAACGGUGGUGGAGAGAUCGACGACUGGGACACCCUCGGCCCGUUCGUUCCAAUUCAUCCUCCGGAACCGGACGACAUCGCUAAAAUCAGCAAGGAGCACGCCGUGAUCGAAUAUGACUGCGAUGAUGAGGUCUGGAAGCUUUAUGUGCAUGGCCUCACGGUACAUAUAAACAACCUAGUUCACAGCCGCGGCGAAGUAGUGGUGCUCAAUCAUCUAGACAGGAUCAAUAUUGUGAAGCUUGAUAUUGUCUUCAUGCUGCCGAUGGACGAUCCUGACCCCAGCUCACCAGGUCCAGCGUCAGGUGUCUUCGCUGACGGCCCCGAGACAUCUGAGAUAGGGACAAGUCCGGUUCGCCACCUCAGCAAUGCCUUCGAUCACGGUGGCGAUGAGGAGGACGAGCAGGCUCCUACUAGCACGAAGAAGAGACCUACGAUAAAGCUGACAGGACUUAAGAAGGCAAAAAAGGCUGGUGCGAAAGACAAGGCACCAGAAGAUAAUGCGGCAAAAGACCCGCGAUCUCCUGAGACUAGCAAGAAGCCUGACAAAGGCAAAAAGCGCAAGGACUCUGAUAACAAGGCAGCUCCAAUCGAACCUCUGAUCGAUCCGGAAUUAAAGGAAGAGCAGGACAAGGACGACAAGCCCUCCAAGCAGCCACGGCCAUCUCCACCACCGAUCGAUCUGAAAGGCACUGGUCUUGAAGAUCUAGCACCCGAGGAGCUACCGCAAAGGCGCUCUGGGCCUGGUCGUCCUCCUGCGAACGGGCGAGUAUCCAAGCGAGACGUGGCGAGCAUCGCUCGGAAAAGGAAAGACCUCGAAAAGGCUGGCCUACCUGUACCUCCUUAUAAUGUUCUGCUUGACACAGUACGGAUUGAGACGAAGAUGCGGGACGCUCAGAACAAGGCCCAGGCAAAGGGACAACCGAUGCCUGCUGACAUCGCUAUGCAAAGUAUUGAGAGCGAGACCAACACCAUGCCAAUGAGCAGACCAAUUCCUACACCCGCCAUAACUGGCGAAGCAAGCACGAGCGCUGUGCCUGUCGAUCUGACCAAGGAGGCACCCCCGAAGCCAAGUAGGACUGCACGGUCGCUUUCGCCACUACCGCCACUCGAACAAUUCACUCCCGAGCAGCUUCAGAAGCCUGGUAUCACUUGUCAAGUCCAGCUGAACACAUGCCUGCUCGCCAUCGGGCCUUCCGAACUCCCACAGAUCUAUCACGAAAUGCAAAAGCGCUUUCCUUACUACCGAACCACCGGCACGAAUGGCUGGCAAAGUAGUGUCCGGCAUAACCUGCAGCAAUUUGAACGAUUUCGAGCUGAGGGCAAGAAUGGUAAAGGCAAGAUCUGGAGUAUCGAUGAGAGUGUGCCGAUUGACAAGGAGAGGGGGAAGAAGCGACGGAGUCCGCAGCCGCCUAAGACGCAACAGAUGCAUCAGCAGCAUAUGCAAAAUGGACAGUGGGUGCCUGGCCAGCCUGCAUAUCCUCAUCAGGGUCAGCCUGCGUACCCCGGUGGACCUUAUCCUUCGCCCUACAAUCAAGGACAGGCCCCACCUGGUUAUGGUACACCUGGCAUGCAAUACCAACAUCCUCAGAACGGCACACAACAACAGCCACAUAUUCAUCAGCCUUCUGGGCGAGCACAAGAACAGCAACCAGGUCCAAGUGGAAGCUUCUCCGAUAUAGUUGCUGAGGUGAUGUUCUUCCGCAACGAGUACAUUUCUUCUUUUCAACCGGGCACUGACGUGCAUAAGAGGGCCGAAGAGGUCUUCACGAGAAUGUGUGAUAUCGAAAGUAAUCGAUUUCACGGAAGUAAUGAGGAGAGGGAGCCGAAGGAUGAGGCGGAGAGGUAUGUGCAGGGGAGGUUGAAGAGGAUUUUCGAGAGAGCCGAUGAGAAAGCAAAGACUGCUACGCCUGCUGCCGGGAGUCAGGCUCCUACACCGGCGCCUACGACUGCGCCGAUGCAGGCUGAUGCGGUGCAGCCGCACCAGCAGCAGCAGCCUCCUCAGACACCUCAACAACAAUCCGCUAAUGCACCGCCAGAGCACGCAAACGGUGGUAAUGCCACAGCUCCUGCACCGGUUGCCACACGCCCUGCACCCAGCAUUCCGCCGAGCAACGGCGCAAUUCCACAAGGCGUCUCCCAAGCCCAAGUACCGUUGCAGAAUGCGCCUACGCCCGCUUCAGCCUCUGGUGUCUCUCUAGGCAACGGCUCGACGGCAUACCCAGCUUCGGCGCACCUACCUCGUCCAGCAUACCCCAUACCACCGCAGCAACCACCAGCAUGGCCUCCUGCGCCGAACGCGCCGCCGACAAAUGCUCCACCCCCGGCCCCUGCCGCUCAAUCAUCGCAAUAUCCUCCAUAUCCGCCUUACCAGCACCCGAUUCCCAGUGCUCCUGCCAGCUACGGUCGACCCGCCGCCCCAGGGAUUACACAGCCUCAAGCACAAUCACACGGGACCGCCAUGGCUACGCCAACAUCGACUGCAUUGAAUCCAAGCACGUCCAUUCCUUGUCCGACAUCUACUACGCCCCUUUCGAAUGGAUAUCCUGCGUCAAUUCCUGCUACUAAUGUGUCCACUGGAAAUGUGCCUCCUGCAACACUUGCUGCCGCUCCUCCUAUGAGUCAAUCGUUUUCGCAUCCUGCUCAAUCCCACACGCCGGCCGCGAGUGCUAACGGUGGGGCGCCUGCUCCGGCUGACGCGGAGAUGGCUCAAGUGGCCGCGUCAGCCAAUCCUGCGGUCCCAUCAGAAAGCUCAGCACCAGCUACAGGUGAUGCGGCAACCCCUUCGCCAGUUCAAACCAAAACCUCUGGUGUGAAGAGAGCCGCAGAGGAUGUAAUACAUGGGCAAGAACCCGAGACGAAACGGGCGAAAGAGCAGUCGAACGUGGCAGCGGGAGGCUCUGCAUGA